CAAUCCCGAAGGGGCCCCCGCGCGGGUCCCGCCCCCGCUCCAGCCCGGCCGGCUGCGGGGCGGGCAGGCGGCUGCAGCCGGAGCCCGAGCCGGGGCGCUGGCGCUGGGGCGGGAGCGUCCGGCUGCGCUCGGCGCCGAGGCUCGGAGAGCAGCGCUGGGUCCCCCAGGAGGACAGAGCUGAGGAUGAACCAGCCGGGACCGUGCCCCCGUCAGUGCUGGAGGCUGGAGAGCUGAGCUGCGGGAUCCGGGAGGGAGCGUCGUCCCGCCCAGCUCCAAGAUGUCCUGUUUUGGGGAGCAUUUCUGGGGAGAGAAGCACCAGGGCUUCGACGUGCUGUACCACAACAUGAAGCAGGGGCAGGUCUCCACCAAGGAGCUGGCCGACUUCGUCCGCGAGAGGGCCACCGUGGAGGAGACCUACGGCAAGUCCAUGGCCAAGAUGGCCAAGAUGGCCACCAAUGGCACACAGCUCGGGACGUUCGCGCCGCUCUGGGAGGUGUUCCGGGUCUCCUCCGACAAGCUGGCGCUCUGCCACCUGGAGCUGGUGAAGAAGCUGCAGGACCUGCUCAAGGAGAUCGCCCGCUACGGGGAGGAGCAGGGCAAAGCGCACAAGAAGUCCAAGGAGGAGGUGUCAGGGACCCUGGAGGCCAUCCAGCUGCUGCAGGGCGUCGCCCAGCUCGUGCCCAAGUGCAAGGAGAAUUAUCAGAGCAAGUGCCUGGAGGCCGAGCGCCUGCGCCGGGAGGGAACCAACCAGAAGGAGAUCGGCAAGGCGGAGCGAAAGUCGAAGAAGGCGGCUGAGGCCCUGCGCCGCGCAGUGGAGAAGUACAACAUCGCCCGGGCCGACUUUGAGCAGAGGAUGCUGGACUCGGCCAUGCGGUUCCAGCAGCUGGAGGAGAUCCACCUGCGCCACAUGAAGGGGCUGAUCAGCUCCUACUCGCACUCCGUGGAGGACACGCACGUGCAGAUCGGACAGGUGCAUGAGGAAUUCAAGCAGAACGUGGAGAACAUCGGCAUUGAGACGCUGCUGCAGAGAUUCGCUGAGAGCAAGGGCACCGGGCGCGAGAGGCCGGGUGUGCUGGAUUUCGACGAGUGCAGAACAGCCCCAGCGCAGGAAGGGCCCAAGAGGAGCCUCAGCAAAGCCUUCCGCAUCCCCGGGCUGAGCCGGAGAGACCGAGAGCGAGACGCUGUGGAGUCCCCAGACACUGACUUGACCUGCCCAGAUGUGGAUGAGGAGGGAUUCACUGUACGGCCUGACAUCAACCAGAGCAGCUCAGGCGCGGGCGGGACCCACGGCUGUUCGUCCAGCGACUCGGACUACGAGGACGAGGACGAGCCCCGCAAGUUCUACGUCCGCAUCAAGCCCCUGCAGCCCUGCGACACCGUGGGCAGUGGCCAGGCCGCCGUGGAGCAGCUCAAGGCGACGGUGGGGAACCUCCCCCUGCCCCCCAGCACCGGGGGCACAGUGAAGAGACAGACCUGCAGACACUUACCGGUACCGACGACUGUCACGGUGGACGUGGGCUCUGACAUGGCCCUGGGUACAGGUGAGGAGCCUGGGAAGCCGCAGCCCCCACACCCUGCCGCGUGGACUCCCAGCUGCGCAGGGAAGCCCCGGCCGGACGCAGCCCCUUCCGCAGCCCUGUUCGGGCCCCCGCUGGAGUCGGCCUUCGAAGCGGAGGAUUUCCCAGCCUCGCGAGCCUGCGGCCUGGGCUCCAGCCCGUCUCCCUUCUCCUCCUCGUCUCCCGAGAACGUGGAAGACUCGGGGCUGGACUCCCCUUCGCACCCCCCCACGGGCCCCUCGCCGGACUCCAGGCCCUGGACGCCCCAGAGCCCCCUCGCCAGACGGGCCACCAAGGGGUCCCCGCGGCUCCAGGAGGAGCGGAGCGCCCUGCCCUCCACCACGGCUGCCUCGGAGGAGCAGAGCGCCUGGCUGCCCCCGCCCGCCAGCCCCACGGGGUGGCCCCAGGACACCCCCUGCUUUGCCGCCUUCGGCUCCGAGCCCAGCGGGGAGGACUCGGGGGCGGGGUCUCAGCACGACUCCCGCUGCCCCAGCGCCACGGCCCCUUCGCCCGACCCCUCCAGGGACCCCCAGGCCUGGGUGGCCAGGCCUCCGAGUCCCGUCGCGGAGGAGGCCCUGCAGCCCUGCAAGCAUGGGGCCUGCCCCCCCUCCAACUCCUCGUCCUCUCCGGUGCCCCCCAGCUGCAGGGAGCCCUCCGGCCCCUCCCCGUGGACUCCCCAGGGGCCCGGCCCCAGGCUGUCAGACAGCAGCUCUCCGGCGGUUCCUGAGCUCCAGGCUGAGCCCGAUCCUCCCCCUGUACCCGCCCCGCCCAGCACCGCCCCCAAGGUGGCCCCCCCACGGCGAUCCAGGACGAAGAGGCUGUCAACAGGGCAGGCCGCCUGCAGCCACAGUGACCCGUCCCGCUCCCUGAGCCCCUCUCCCCUGUGGAAUUCUGGCCCUUCCCACUCCGCUCCGGCCAGCCUGGGCGAGCGCAGCUUCUUCAUGGUCUCGCAGCCGGCGCUCGGGCUCUCCCGAGGCCCCAGCCCCGUGGUGCUGGGAUCCCAGGAUGCGCUUCCCGUGGCAACCGCCUUCACCGAGUACAUCCAUGCCUACUUCAAGGGGCAGGACCCUGACAGCUGUCUGGUGAAGAUCACGGGCGAGCUCACCAUGUCCUUCCCUGCCGGCAUCGUCCGCGUCUUCAGCGGGAGCCCGGCCCCGCCCGUCCUGAGCUUCCGCCUGCUCAACACGGCCCCCAUCGAGCAGUUCCUGCCCAGCGCCGAGCUGCUGUACAGUGACCCAUCCCAGAGCGACCCCAGCACCAAGGACUUCUGGCUGAACAUGCCGGCGCUGACCGGGCACCUGCAGAAGCAGGCGGAGCAGGCCCCAGCCGCCUCCUACUACAACGUGGCCCUUCUCAAGUACCAGUUCUCCAAGCUGGGCCCAAGCGCGGCCCCCCUGCAGCUGACCGUGCGCUGGGACUGCACCGCGGCCGCCACUCAGGUCAGCGUGGAGUACGGGUACAACGCCGGUGCCAUGGCCGCGCCCAAGCCCCUCACCAACGUCCAGGUGCUGCUGCCCGUGGAGGAGCCAGUCACCAAUGUGCGGCUGCAGCCCGCAGCCAGCUGGAACCUGGAGGAGAAGCGGCUGUUGUGGAGGCUGCUGGACAUUCCCGGGGCCCCGGAUCAUGGCGGCUGCGGCCACCUCUCCGCCAGCUGGGAGCCCCUCUAUGGCCCCAGCAAGCCCAGCCCCGUGGCGGCCCAGUUCACCAGCGAGGGCAGCACCCUGUCGGGCGUGGAGGUGGAGCUGGCGGGCAGCGGGUACAGGAUGUCGCUGGUGAAGAAGAGAUUCGCCACAGGCAUUUAUCUGGCUGGCUCCUGACUGGCUGCGCUCGUCCCCCUGUUCAUUCCUGGUUUUAAAGCCCCAGCGGCCGUUCGCUCGUUCAGCCACUUGCUGCCUCCGGGGGUUUCUCUGCUGUUGGAUUUUUAAACACUGGAACAAAGUCAGAUCUGGGGGGAGGGGAGUGGGGCUCCGGCCCCUGGCCCAUGAGACCGGCCACCACGGGUGGGAGGAGCGAUGCUGCUGGGCUCAUGCUGGGCUGGGGGUCCGGCCCCUGGACGGGACGAGCGGCUCAGAGUUGCACUGGACAGAGAACAGCCCUGUCCCCCGUUUGCCUAACUCCUCCCCUGCCCCCCACCGGCCAAGCUGGGGUCUCCGUGCUGUACCCGGGGGUCCCCUGGUGAUGGAACAGAGCGUUUCACUCUCCCAGCUGCUGGGCGGGGGAGGAGGGGGAGUUGGGGGGGGUCACCCUUUUAAUAAACACUUUAUUUUCUAA